GCUGUUUGAACAGACACUGCUCAGCAGCAGCAGCAGCAGCAGCAGACAAACAGAGGGGGGCGAAGCACUGCGCGAGUUAACACGGAGAGAGACGGGCGCUCUCAUCAGAAACAGGCUCACCGGCUGCGUGGAAAGAGCUGCGGUGCAGGAGGAGCACAAGAGACGCAAUGGGGGCACAAGCUGACUGAAAACCACCGAAAAAUGCAAGAGAGAGGGGGGCAGGAUAAACAGAGCAAUCACAGAGGAGAGAGAAGUCAUUCAGAGCGGGGAGACGGAGAAAGCUGGAUGAAGCAGCAGAGGAUAUGGGAGGAGGAAGAGGAGAGCGCUCCAACAAGCCUUUACUGACGGGAGAAAAGCAAGAGAGAGCGCACACAAAGUGGAAAAGGAGAGGAGAAGGAGAGGAAGCCGGGGAGGGGGCAACAAAACCUAAGCUCAACUAAAGCGAGAAGAGGAGGAGCGUAAUGCAAGGCGAUGGGUUUGAUUUGGAGUGAGUAUUUUUAGACAGAAAAGCAGGGACAUAAGAGUAAUCCUGAGAUGAGAGAUACUGUUUUUGAGUCUGGGAGGAAAAGUCAAGAGGAAGACAGAAUAACAGACGGCGGUCAAAAGAGGGGGGUGAUGUAGAGUGAUGAAGAUCAGAGAGAGACAGAACAGAUAAGCUCUGGUCUGGAAACCGCUGUGCAUGUCGGCGAGUGUGCGUGAGUGCCUUGCUCCCCCUGUGAAACUGCACUGUGGUGUGUUUCUGACUGGGUUUGUUGCUGCGAAUCAGAUCUGCUACAAGAUGAAGCUGCUGCCCUGUGGUCAUCCACCAACACUGGAGAGACCAGGAGCCGAUCAGUGACGAUGAAGUUCAAAGUCUAACAAGAGUUAGAAAAAAAUGCAUUGAGGCUGCUUCUCACUAGUGAUGAAGAACUGACUGCAGCCGGCUCAUUGAUGUUUGUGAAGCCUGUGAAGCUGAAAAAGACGCAACUCAGACGAGGAGAAACCAAAACGCUGGUACAGCGCAGGCUCCUCUUUAACACACAGCAACCCGUCUCCCCUGUUGUCAUUUCAUUAAUUUAAUCAUCCCGCCUUCUCUCCUUGAUUUCCUCUUUGCUUAAUCGUCUGUGUUUGGUAUUCUGUGGUAUCCUCUUCCUCCCUCAUCACCUCUUUGCCUCAUCUUUUCUUGUUGCUGUCACGCUAACUGCCACAAAUACUGGAUUCUCUCAUCUAAAAGGCACAUGGCUUUGACUCCCUUCAUCUGCGUGACUUUUUCCCUUUUUCAUGUGAGGAUUGGAUCUGUGCCACAGAGAGAGAUCACCUGCUUCCAACACACACCCCUUUAGAUGAGGAGAACUUCCACACACGUGUGUUUUUGCAGACAGUGCUGUGGUUACCAUCACAGGGGCUAACAGCGGUUCUCAAGUCAAGCACAUGUCCAUGCGUGGAUUCUAUCAGUAGAUUUCUGGAGCUACAUGUGGGCCCCGGCCCCUGAGUUCUGGCUGGGAAAUGAAGCCUCUCCUGCAGCUGUAGGAGUGCUGUGGGCAGCUAUGGCCCUGGAGGGGGGCUGCAUCCGAAGGGCAUCCCCGGCCAUGAUCAGAAAGAGCCGUCAGAAGCGUCGCACAAAGCCAUCUUUGGCUCAGGUCACACCCACCCUGCUGUCAAGGACACGCCUUCAUGGCCUGCGGCACAUUUGUGUGCCCGGCGGCUCUGUGGGCCGCAGGGCCUUCUGGCUGCUGGCCCUCUGCACCUCCCUGGGUUUGCUUUUGUCCUGGUCCUCCAACCGUCUUCUCCACUGGCUCUCCUUCCCCACAUACACACGUGUCCACACCGAAUGGGCCAAAGAGUUGGCCUUCCCCGCAGUCACAAUCUGCAACAACAACCCGAUCCGCUUGUACAAACUCACCAAGAGUGACCUGUAUUUUGCUGGACACUGGCUCGGCCUGCUGCUGGCCAACCGGACAAUGAGGCCCAUGGUUUUGGACUUGCUACAGGAAGACCGUCGGGCCUGGUUCCAAAAACUGUCUGACUUUAGACUGUUCCUUCCUCCAAGAAACUUUGAGGGCACCAACCUGGAGUUUAUGGACAGGCUGAGCCACCAACUGGAUGACAUGCUGCUCUCCUGCAAGUACAGAGGAGAACCCUGCGGCGCUCACAACUUCUCUUCUGUGUUCACCAGAUAUGGGAAGUGCUACAUGUUCAACGCAGCUGAAGAAGGGAAGGAUCUGCGCACGACCAUGAAGGGAGGGACAGGAAACGGGCUGGAGAUCAUGCUGGACAUCCAGCAGGACGAGUACCUGCCAGUGUGGGGGGACACAGAGGACACGGCCUUCGAAGCGGGUGUGCGGGUGCAGAUCCACAGCCAGGCGGAGCCCCCCUUCGUUCAUGAGCUUGGAUUCGGCGUAGCCCCCGGCUUUCAGACCUUUGUGGCCACACAGGAGCAGAGACUCACCUACCUGCCUCCCCCGUGGGGAGAGUGUGAGUCCAGAGCUCUGGAGUCCGGCUUUUUCCAGGUCUACAGUGUGACCGCCUGCAGGAUCGACUGUGAAACGCGCUACAUUGUGGAAAACUGCAACUGCAGGAUGGUGCAUAUGCCUGGCGAUGCUUCGUACUGCACGCCUGAACAGUACAAAGACUGUGCUGAACCUGCUCUGGCCAAACUGUCCACUCUGGAGAGCAACAGCUGCGUGUGCAGGACGCCGUGCAACAUGACCCGCUACAACAAAGAGUUGUCCAUGGUCAAAAUUCCCAGCAAGACCUCAGCGCGUUACCUGCAGAAGAAGUUCAACAAGUCAGAGAAGUACAUUACAGACAACAUUUUGGUGCUGGACAUUUUCUUCGAAGCGUUGAACUAUGAGACCAUCGAGCAGAAGAAAGCUUAUGAAGUGGCUGGUUUGCUGGGUGAUAUCGGUGGUCAGAUGGGAUUGUUCAUCGGCGCCAGCAUCCUCACCAUCUUAGAGCUGUUUGACUACGCUUAUGAGGUGGUGAAAGACAGACUGCUGGAUUUACUGAGCAGAGAGGAGGAGGAGGAGAGCCAUGCAGAGGAUGUGAGUUCCUGUGAUCCUGUGGCGAACCACUCGGAGUCCAUCAGCCACACGGUCACGGUCCCUCUGCAGACGACGCUGGGCACCCUGGAGGAGAUAGCCUGCUAACUCCUUCCCACAGAGCAGCUGCUCCCAGAAGGGCCUUAACCAGGGAUGAGGUGGAGACGAGGACGGGGGCCGGUCAGAGGACACCGCUGCUCCCUGUCAUAGCGCUCUACUGCGGCACUAAUGGGGAUUAAAGAGCUGUCAGCGGAACUUAUCAGUGCUCUCCGUCACCCAGGUCUUUUGGGAGGGGGGCUUCUGCUCUCAUACCCUCCACGGGGGUCUCCACUCAGAAAAUCAAAGAGCGAGCAAGGACACUCCACGUGAAGGGGUCUCGAACAUCUAUGUAACAAACACGUUCACAUGUCGCUCACUGCCAAACAUUACAAAGCUGGCCUCCAGACUGCAUGCGUCCAUCUUUCUCGCUCUUUUUGCCGCUGCAGUGUUGCUUUACUGUACAUGUGUGCCAUUUGUCUGUCUGCUGGACAGGUCUGUGAGGAGGGUCCGGAUGAGACGUCACCCCUCGAAUGUACUGAACGUCGCAGUUCAAUUCAAUUCAAUCAAUCAGUCCCAAUGAGCAACUUAAUUCUGUCAAAUUAAGUUGAAUUUUCUUUCUUUUUCUGCACAAAAUGAACUCUAUAAACUAAGCAGAGGGCAGAUUUGCACUGUGCUCUAGUUAAUUGAUAUGUAACGGGGGUGAUGCGUCCCCACAACACAAAUGAAGCUUUAGCUGAACAAACACAAAUGAUGCAAAUGACCCGGAAAUGAGGUUUUGUUAGAUUGACUACUUUUUUUUUCUUUUUACCCAAAGAAAACUUCCAGGCUGGCUUCCCUUUGGAUCACUCGGAAAGAAGUACAAAGCACCAUAUGGAGCCAGGAUGAUUGUCAUCUGUUAGGACACUGCUGUGUUUACUGUAAAUAAUUGUUUUUUUUUUUCUCCCUCUCGUGAAACAGAUCCCACGCAGACUGAGACAAUUAUAAAAAAGCUUUGGAACAAAGCUGACCACACACCUGUCACGUACUUUAAGUAAAGUUGCUCAUUCUGCAGUUGUCAUACAAACGGUAGCAUUUUUGCAUUAGCUGAAUGUUAACUUGAAGGACUCCUCUUCAGGACUGAACCUCAGACACACAAACACAGCUGGACACCAAAAGCUUCAGAGAAGAUUUCGAUUCGGUUUGUCUGACUCUUUGUGACGAUCAUCGUGGCAUGGUCUUUGUCUUCAUGACGGUGUACGUUAGAGAUAGGAAUGAACUCCAGUGCUGUUUGAAUUGUGAUUUCCAUCUGUUGCAUAACCUGCUGUCUGUGUACUCGCUCAUCUUGUGGCUUCUGAUGAGCACAGCCUCCGCAGGCCUGCAGGAAGGAGCGCGUCGCUCCUCCAGGCGGCAACAACAGGCCGCCUCCUCUCAUUUCUUUGGCUUCAGUUGUUGCGACAGGACGGCGUUUUCUCAUUUUGUGAUGCAGCAUACAGUGUGUGUUUCUAAUGUGAAAUGAUUAAAUGAAAAAGUGGUUUUGCAACA